UAAAAAAUAAAAACUCAAAAUACAGUAUUUUUCAGUAUUUAUCCGAGUGUUCUGUUAUUUUACUAUUUAUUUUAAUUCUAACAAAUCAAAAUGAAGAUCCCUUACGUGGUUUCCAAGAACACGCGGGAGGCGUAUGCCACAGCGCCUUUGAUGAAGACGUCUGUUUCGGAGGUCGAUCGUAAAAUUGUUGCCGAAAACUUCGAGUGGGACGAUGACUUGACUCCUGCGCCGCUUACGUACUUUGCAGCCCUUGCCCUCUCUAGGGUGUUCCAUAGGAUUAAUCCCCUGAAGCGAAUCCUGCAAAAGGAUGUGGAUAUGCUCAUGGAUUUGUACCCAGCUGAUAUCCCUCUGAAGUCUUGUGUUCCUCACAUCAAGGAUGAACAAUUUUGGAAAAGAUCAUUCGCUACCAAGUUUCCAUCCAGAGUUGAACUUGGGGUAACUUUUUGGAAAGGAAAGUUCUUAUCUGCCUGUUUGCAAGACUACUUGGAGAAUGUUAAUCCCGAUGUGUUCAUUGAAGAGGACGCUAUUGAACUUUCUAAACUGGUUAGUCCGUACAUUUAUGAACUAAGCUUGAACCAAUUACAAAUGGUCCGCCAGCCCACGCCACCAGUCCAUAACGAUGAAGUAGUCGAAGACACCUGUGCCUUUAGCGUGCCUAAAGUGUACGACCACAUUCCUCUCGAACCAGUAUUAAUGAGAUUGUACAACCUCCAAGAAAUAUCAUUAGUAUUCGGCCUGAGCAAUCUGGCUGACAAAUAUCAAACGAGGUUCUUUGAAUUUUCUAUGGCUGAUUGCGAGUCUUUAUGCAGGGGACUCGAAGAUUUGAGACAUUUGAGAACUUUCCGCAUUAAUAGAAGCAAUUUAGACUGCUCUAAAGUCAAAAUCAUCUUACAAAGUCUUGUGAAGAAGGAAAGUAUCGAGGAAUUGGACUUUAACCAUUGCAAAAUUGGGGAUUAUGGCAUGAAGGCGUUAGGUGGUUUUAUUUUUGUACAUAAUAACGUCAAACGAGUGCGGAUUGCCAACAACAGAUUUAAGGAGGUCGGGGUUCAAGGAAUAGCUUAUGCAUUGCAAAUGAAACCGGCGGCGCCUAUCGAAUUACUGGAUUUCAGCCUCAAUCCAAUGUCGAUUGAAUGUGCAACUAUGUUUGCCGCAGCAUUUGUCCGUUGCAAAGAAAAACCCCAAACAUUAAUCGUUAACUCCUGUGGUUUCUAUGGUGCAUCUGCAGAAAAGAUGGCAGGUCUGCUUUGCCUCAACAGGGGCUUGCUCAGAUUAGAUAUGGCAGCCAAUGACUUGUCCGGCGACGCGGAGAAGACCCUUAUCCGUGCGCUUGAGCAAAACAAGAAAGUUCUCAGAGUCGAUCUACGCAGAACUCAUAUAUCUGACGAGACCCAGGCAAAAGUGAACGAGUUGCUAGAACGCAACAAGAACUUGCUUGGGCAGGAGAGAGAGCCGAGUGAUGAGAUACCUCCCUUGUACCUCAACGAGCCUGAGUAUCUCAUCUGGGAGUACAAUCCAAAUAAUCCCGAUUAUAUUCCAGGAAGAUAUCCGAAAAGAGUUCCAGAAGUUUAAAAUUUAUUUUUACCCAUGUUUUUACUCCUUACCGAUUCUAUUUUGAUUUGAAAGCCUAAUUUUGUACUAUUAUUAUGUUAAAUAAUAACAAUACAUGAUAGAUUAAAAUAAUGUUUUGUAAUUGCUCUACAAUAGUUUUCCUAAUUUCAUUGCACUGAUAUUUUGCGUAAUCUGAUUGAGUAUGAAUUACAAUUUAGAGGACAAAAUGGACACUUGAUAUGGCCAUCAUGAUAAUUAUUUAGACGUGCCAGAUGACAUCCCAUUGCAUUGCAAUCAUCAGUAGAUAAAAUAAAUACGCAAAUUAAUGAUUUCAUCUGGUUACUGCCAGAUCAGGGCACAGGUUAUUAAUAUUAAUAACUUUAUCGAUUAGCCAUCAUGGAAAUUUCUAUUUGAUUGUGCUUUCUUAACAUCCUAGUAUAAACAUUUAACUAGAGUGUGUAACAUUUUAACCUUUAAUCUGUUAUUAUCUCAGACAACUUUACAUUUCAAGCCAGAACUGAUAUAAGUACGUAGUUUCUUUAAUUUUGUAUUGAAAUUUUUCGAUUAGUUUUGCCUUGCAUUGAUUGAAUAAAAUACUUUUCUAAAUAAAAACUUAAGUUUUAUUUAUUUAGGGAAAAUGGUUUUUGGUAUUUAAUAUUAUUAUUCUCUGUAAGAAGAUAACAAUACAAUAAUAAGCUCCUUACUAAAUAAACAAUAAGGAAAGCUAUGAGGAAAGAUUUAUCAAGGAGAAAUCGGCAUUUGACAGAUUUCCUCGAAGGUUGACAUUGGUCCAGCUGGAUAUAAACGUUUAUGAAAUAAUUUUGUUACUGCAUCGGAUUCACAUUCGUUAUUUGCAUUUGAAUGCACUCAUUGAUUUGAGGUUUGAAAUCCGCUCCAAUUGAAACGAUCCGAUAUAGCGUGCCAUGUUUUGUAAGCUGAUCAAAGUCCGUUGUUGUAUAGAUUCUUCUUGUUUAACUGUUAUUUUUCCUUUCGUCACGCAAA